AUGAAGUGCAUUUUUCUUGAGCAGUGUUUUUCAGCUCGAACACACGACUCAUCGCAGGUAAAAGAGAAGCAGGGCGAUGAAACAUCCUCCAAUACAGAUUCUUCACCAUGGGAAGAAAAUCUCAAACCGGUCCCAACGCCGCGAAAGACAAAGACACAGGGAAUAACUGAUUUAGUUAUGAUUGACAGAGACAGUUUGAAUUCAUAUGAUGCGGAAACCGAUUAUCAGGAGGGCGAUGAGUUUUUCGAAGAAAUCGAUCAUUUGCAGUCUCUUCAGAAAGAUGUUGCUGAUUAUGUGAAUCUGAAUGAGCUUUUUCUUCUGCAAUCAGAUAACUGCCAAACAGCGAUGCAGCUUCCUCCUGCAUUACCACUUCAUAAACCGCCGAGUCACUGGGAAACGCGAUUAUACCAGAUGGCCGAGCGUUGCCUCAGUACGGUAAUGAGUGAGGAAGAUCCGGCAUUGUGUGGCGGCGGAACGCUGAACAGGAUUAUGUGCGAUAACACUAGUGAUCUGUGUUCGUCUCCUUCUCGCGGUUCGGGCGAGAGCUCAAGGUCGUCAAAUCGUCACAAGAGCAGUCGGACCGACUUCCCAAAUAUUAAGGAAGGAGAUUACGCAGUACCACCAGAUGCCAGUCAAGACGUCAGGGCCACAUUAAUCAGCUCUGCUGAACCGGUGGAGAAAUGUGGCUACUUGAUGCAGAUGAGUGACAGCAGACUUAAGUCAUUGAAAAGGCGCUAUUUCGUUUUGAAAGAUGGCUUUCUUUCUUUAUACAGGACACAAAAAAACCACGCAAAGAGCGAGGAGCCACUGAUCAGAAUUGCUGUUUCGGAUAUUCGUUCGGUUACGAAACUGGUGAACAAAAUGGGCUACGGAUUGCAGAUAACGACGGCCAACGGUCAGCACUGCUAUGCUGCAGAAACGGUUCGUGCCACCGAUGAAUGGAUUGCUGUUCUGACGCACAGUUUACGCGAUGCAACAAUUUCGGAAGUUAGCCAGCGU